AUGUCGCGAACGCCAUCGUAUAUUCAACUUGCACCUCGCCGCGCGAUGGCGUCCUUUGAGAAUCUCGUCGCACUCGCAAACCACCAAGAGCGACUCCGGGAAGCUCGCAGGAUUGUCUGGAGGGAGCGCGGUGAGCCUGCUGUUGAGCUUGAAGACCUUUGGGAGUGUAUGGAGCACGCGGGGCGUGGAGGAUUACGAGCUGCAGCUAUCGCUUUUGCUCUACGUGCAAGCGUGAAUCUUGUGUUGGCCACAAUAAGAAUGGGAAGUGUGCCAAAAAACAUGAGGCUCCCACUCAUUCAACAUGCGAUCUUUGGAAAGGACUCAUUUAGAUUCGCAGCUAUGCUUGGUUCCUUCGUGACUGUUUACAAGGCAACACUCAAUGCCCUCCCCAUCCUCCUUCCUGUCAAUGAACGUGCAAGCCUACCCUCGCCGUUUGAGGACGAAGAUGAAGAUAUCGAAGCCCCACCAACGCCUUUUGAGGUUCCCCUCUCAGCCAGACAGUCGCGCCUUUCCUUAAGUGCUCAAGCACAUCAAGUGUGGGCGCGUAAGAAGACGCGACGAUGGCACUCUAUGUUUGCUGGCGCUUUAGCCGGUGGCCUCGCUGUUAUGUUCGAAAAGCGAUCAAGAAGAGUGGUCAUCGCACAACAACUCUUCGUUCGAGGCCUACAAGGUUCAUAUAACGCUUUUACUUCGAAGCACGGUUUCCAUCUACCCAAUGGAGAAGUGCUCAUGUUUUGUCUUUGCUCUACACAAUUGUGUACGCAAUUUUUGCACGACCAGAAACACUCCCCGCGAUCAUAUACCGCAUGGCUUACAACUGCGUCGGGCGCUCCAUCAAACGCGAUCAAGAUAGUCCAAGACAUGAACAAGACCGGGGCGUUUGACGUACAGGACCUUAACAAGAUCCUUAGCCGCGAGGACCUUAUCCCUGCAAAUCAGGCCACCCUUCUCGCCAGUAGAGCACUG